AGUAAUGUUUGCACAACAGGAUCCACUUCCAAAGAUAAAUUUGUUUUAACAGGAUACAAUUCCCGAGAUAAAUUUUUGUAAACAGGAUACACUCAAAGAGAUAAAUGUGUUUAAACAGGAUACACUUCAAGAUAUUAUACAUUGUUUUUAACAGGAUACAAUUCCCGAGAUAAAUUUGUUUAAACAGGAUAUACUCAAGAGAUAAAUUUGUUUUAACUGGACACGCUUCCAGAGAAAUACUUGUCGUACGGAAUUCACUUAUAAAUAAAGGCAAAACAUAUAAUCUAUGAGUAGGUGUAACAACUAAGGAUGACUUCCAAUGGUUAUACAGACCAUCAAAAAGUGACCAUUGUAAUACUGGGUGCUCCCGGCGUAGGAAAGUCAUCGAUAGUAAAACAAUUUGUACACCAUACGUUUUCAGAGGACUAUGAACCUUCAGAUGAUAAAUCUUUUUAUUUCCCGUCAGUUGUCAUCAACGAACACGUGUACGACUUAAAAAUAGUGGACUGUCCAUAUAUCCCGUAUUUUCCGUCUAAUUCCUUACAAGAAUGGUCGGAUUUUCGGGGUUUCAAUCUUCGCAUUGCGACAGCAUACGUCUUGGUCUAUGAUAUAACGUCAGAGGAAAGCUUCAGUUAUAUGAAAGCUUUAAGAGAACAGAUUUUGGAUAGUCGAAACAUGCACGAUGUUCCGUUAAUCAUUGUCGGAAACAAAUACGACUUGGCAGACGACCGUGGAGUCUCGAGGCGGGAUGUCAUUAAUAUGGUGAAAAAACAUCGAAAAUGUAUACAUGUUGAAUGUUCGGCUAAGUAUAACUGGCAUAUAAUAUUUCUGUUCAAAGAAUUAAUGAAAGCAAUAGAUCAUAUUGAUUAUGGUCACAAACCGACAGCAGUGCGUGUUCAGGAUGCUUUGCGAAGAAACAGGUGCUCGAUAAUGUGAGGGUGUCGUGUUCGCCAAAUGGAUUGCGUGUUCUGUGCUAUAAAAAGUAAACAUUUCCGUCAUUGGCAUACAACUGCUUCUUGUAAUCAAAGAUACGGUAGACACAGGUAAAAGACGUUUAUUGUUAUUCAAUAAUAAAAUAACGAAGUUAUUUUUCAUACGUA